GAGCAAAGCUACUGCCAAAGGAGAAUACAGUCACUGCAGUGUCUGUACACUCAUUUAGUGUAACUUAGACUAAAUCUUAAAUAGCUUCUAUCUAAAGAGUUGACAUCACGCUGCUACGGAGCGGAGCGUUGUGAGGGGGCGGACCACUCCGAGAGCGCACAGCACGACGCGCGUGUCCGAUAACCCCAUUCUGCAUAGUACCUGUUAUAGACGCUUUCUUAUUCCUACGUUGGUGCUAAUAGAAGUGUGUUUUACUCUGUGUUCACCAUGGCUGCUCUUUCGGGCGGAGAGACGUGCAUUAAAUACCUGAUGUUUGCCUUCAACCUGGUCUUCUGGGUUGCAGGGACAGCUGUGUUUGCCAUAGGCCUGUGGCUCAGGCUUGAUUCGAAGACCAAAGGCCUGUUUGAAGGGGACGACUCUCCAUAUGUCUUCUAUACUGGUGUGUAUAUCCUGAUAGCAGCUGGAGCCCUCAUGAUGGUGGUGGGGUUUCUGGGCUGCUGUGGGGCCAUCCAGGAGUCCCCCUGUAUGCUUGGACUGUUUUUCUUCUUCCUGCUCAUCAUCUUUGCUGUCGAGGUGGCAGCAGGAAUCUGGGGGUUUUCAAACCAAACAAAGGUGGUGAAUGAUAUUACUACCUUCUACAUACAAACCUUCAACAAGUACAAAGAAACAAAUGAUCAGCGUCUGAAAGAGACAUUAAAAGUCAUUCAACACGGGCUCAACUGCUGUGGUCCCACUGGUACAGUGGAUGACAUCGCCAAAGAAACGUGUCCCAGAGGAGAUCCACUCCAGGAGCUGAUUACGAAGAGUUGCCCUGAUGCUAUUGAAGAGGUGUUUGACUCCAAACUGCACAUCAUUGGAGGUGUGGGCAUCACCAUUGGAAUUAUUAUGGUAUUUGGGAUGAUCUUCAGUAUGCUCCUGUGUUGUGCUAUCAGGAAGUCUCGGGAGGUGGUGUGACAGCCCUCUUCACGUCCAAAUGUGUAUUAAUGUUGCAUGAUGUCAUUCCCAGAGUCACAUGACUCCUCACUGCCAAUGGAACACUGCUUUUUGAAGAACAUAAACUGGGAUCAGACUUUUAUAAAUAUAUUAAACUGUACUACUGACUCUUGAGCUAGACGAGAUGUGGUGAACAGAACCAGCUAUACAAUGGUGCAAUUUGUGCUCAUAUCAAUAUAGUACAGAUACGUAUGUGUUAUAUUGUGAUCAUCGAUUGAAACUACUGUUUGUAAGCUGUUUAUAUUCUGAAGAGAAGUUUAUAUGACUGUUGAUCACAUACCGCUAAGACUCAUGGUGCAAAGACACUGGAACCACUUCCUCACUUUACAGCUGUUGCCAAUGGAUCCAAUUUACCUAUAAUGCAAAUAUAUGUACUCAAUUUUUAAUUGUUUUACACAAAAUUCAUUUAGGCUUUGGUGGAAAUAGCAGUUUCACAUUUCAGUUUUUCAUUUACAGCUCAAAAUGUAAUUUUUUGACAUUUACUUUAAUGUAAUUUUAAAUAUGUUUUGUUUUUAUACUAUGAGAAAGAUGUAAGUAUGUUGUAUAGUGGGGGCACUCUGAAGGUACAUUUUAUACUGUAAUUAACUUGUUUUGGAGAUUAUGUUGAAUGAUAUGCACUGGUUCACUGUGUUGAAUAAAAACUAUUAUGCAAAAAACAUGACAA